AUGACGGAGUUCAAUGGCUUGUCCAAAAAUUGGACGAGCCUUCUCUUUUUGUUCAUAGCGAUAUGCUCACUUAUCACGCCGGCCGUGAGUGUAAAGCAUGAAAACUUCAAGACCUGCGAUCAAUCAGGCUUCUGUAAACGCAACCGACUAUACGCCGACACCGCCCUGAAGUCCUCCAAAUGGGAGUCUCCCUACACCCUCGAACGAUCCACGAUCAAGUUCAACGACGGCAUCCUCACUGGAAUCGUCAACAAGGACAUCAUAAACACCGACCAGAAGAUCCGUCUACCCAUCAAGGUUGCCUUUUACGAAUCGGGAGUGGCUCGCGUGACCGUCGAUGAAGAGCAGCGUCAGAAGGGCAAGAUUGAGCUGAGACACGAUGCCAAGAUUCGCAAGGAGAGAUACAACGAAGCUGAGCAAUGGGCGAUUGUCGGUGGAACUACAGUCAGUACUGGAGCAGCCAUCGACAAGGACAGCGAGAAGGGCACCACCAAGAUCAAGUACGGCCCAGAGAGCAAGUUCGAGGCCAUCAUUCGGCACUCACCGCUGGGCAUCGAGUUCAAGCGUGAUGGUGUAACUCAGAUCAAGCUCAAUGAACGUGGACUGCUCAACGUGGAACACUGGCGGAAGAAGAUCGAAAAGAAGGAAGCACCGAAGCCAGCUGAAGGAGAAGAGGGCGUGCCAGAGGGUUUCGAGGGUGAAGUCUUUGAUGCGAACAAUCCUGAGGGCAAGAUUGGAGAUGCAGCGGUCGUUGCUGAGAGCGACAAGGCGGCCGCCGAGGAUGAGAGCACCUGGUGGGAGGAGUCGUUUGGUGGAAACACCGAUUCGAAACCUCGCGGCCCAGAAGCCGUCGCUUUGGACAUCUCUUUCCCUGGAUACGAAUACGUCUAUGGACUUGCUGAGCAUACCAGCCCUCUUGCGUUGAAGGAGACUCGCGGCCAGAACGAGGCGAACCAGUACGACGAGCCAUACCGAAUGUACAACGCCGAUGUGUUCGAGUACGAGACCGACAGCCCGAUGACAUUGUACGGCAACAUCCCGUUCUUGCAGGCUCACAAGAAGGACUCGACGGUGGGUGUGUUCUGGCUUAACGGCGCAGAGACUUGGAUCGAUGUCACCAAGUCUAAGACUUCGGCCAAUCCUCUCAGCCUGGGAAUCACUGGACAGACAACCACCAACACCCACUGGAUAAGCGAGUCUGGACUUCUGGAUGUUUUCGUCUUCUUGGGCCCAACGCCGCAGGAUGUCAUUGGCGCCUAUACUGGUCUUACUGGCACGCAGCAACUUCCGCAGCACUUCUCAAUUGCCUCCCACCAAUGUCGAUGGAAUUACGUGACCGACGAAGAUGUCAAGGAUGUCGACCGCAAGUUCGACAAGAGCCGCAUCCCGUACGACGUAAUCUGGCUUGAUAUCGAGUACACCGAUGGCAAGAAGUACUUUACGUGGGAUUCGAUGACUUUCCCCGACCCCCUUGGCAUGCAGAAGCAGCUUGACGAACAUGAGCGAAAGCUGGUCUACAUUAUCGAUCCUCACAUCAAGAACGAAGGCGGCUAUAGCGUCGUAGAUGAACUCAAAUCAAAGGACCAUGCCGUCAAGAACAAGGAUGGCAACAUCUACGAAGGCUGGUGUUGGCCAGGGAGCAGCCACUGGGUGGACUGUUUCAGCCCUGCUGCCCGUAAGUGGUGGACUGGCUUGUUCAAGUACUCCAAGUUCAUCGGCACCGCCAAGAACUCGUGGUUAUGGAAUGACAUGAACGAGCCGUCCGUCUUCAACGGACCUGAAACCACGAUGCCGAAGGACAACAUCCACCACGGCGGUUGGGAGCACCGCGAUAUCCACAACAUCAACGGCAUGACCUUCAUCAACGCUACCUACGAAGCCCUUCUGGCUCGCGACAAGGAAGAGGAAAAGCAUAAUGUCAGACCAUUCAUUCUCACGCGAUCGUUCUUCGCUGGCAGUCAGAGAUUAGGUGCCAUGUGGACUGGCGACAACCAGGCAGAGUGGUCGCACCUGCAAACAUCGAUCCCAAUGGUGCUGAGCAUGGGCAUCAGCGGCUUCCCAUUUGCAGGUGCUGACAUUGGUGGCUUCUUUGGCAACCCCGACAAGGAACUGCUCACUCGGUGGUACCAGGCUGGCAUCUGGUACCCGUUCAUGCGGGCUCACGCUCACAUUGACACACGUCGCCGGGAGCCGUAUCUGGCAGGUGAGGGGUACACGGAGAUCAUCUCACAGGCGAUUCGAUUGCGUUACAGUCUGCUGCCGGCGUGGUACACGGCUUUCCACGAGUCACAUGCCACCGGCGCACCGAUUGUUCGGCCCAACUACUACGUGUUCCCUGGAGACGAGAAGGGCUUUGGUCUCGACGACCAGCUAUAUCUCGGCAGCUUCGGCCUCCUCGCGAAGCCAGUCACCAAGGCUGAUCAGCCCGGCACUCCUGUCUACCUCGCCGACAAGGGGAAAUACUAUGACUACUUUGACUUCUGGACGUACGAAGGCCCAGGCGAGGUGGCAUUGUCAUCGCCUUUGGAAACAAUCCCACUGCUCAUGCAAGGUGGUCACAUCAUCCCACGUCGGGACCGACCACGCCGAAGCUCGGGUCUGAUGAAGUACGACCCGCUGACGCUUGUCGUCGUGCUUGGAAACAGCGGCGAUGCAGAGGGCACGCUCUACCUCGAUGAUGGCGAGAGCUUCGACUACCAAGAAGGCGCCUACCUCCACCGACAAUUCAAAUACCUGAGCUCCACCUCAACUCUCAUGAGCGAGGACUUGGCAACGCCCGGCAAGAAGACCAAGGAGUAUUUGAAAACGAUGGAGAAGGUCCGUGUGGAGAAGAUUAUUGUCGUAGGUGCGCCUGCGGCGUGGAAGGGCAAGACGGAGGUGGAGGUGAGCGAGGAGCAGGGCGGGAAGAGUGCAGCCACACGCAAGGUUGCGCUCGACUUCCACGACAAGUCGGAGGGCAAGGCGGCGUGGGCUGUCGUGCGUGAUCCAGCCGUCCAGGUCGGAUCUGGCUGGAAGAUAUCGUUUGCAUGA